AGUUGGCAACAGAUUUGGAAUGGCCUGCUCCGACUUGGGAGAAUCGAACGAAAGAUCCCGGAGAACUGGAUUGGGAGCGAGGACUUGCUUCGUCGAGGUGGAUUGGUGGAGUCCUCGCUCCCAGGAUGAUAAAGAAAGUGUCCUGCGGGAGGAAUGUGUAUCGAGGCAUCUAUUCGGCGAGACAAACAACUAUAUUUACUACUGCCGCUACUUGAAUUGGUUCAAAAUCAAAACACAGUGCGACUUAAAGGAAAUGAUGUUAAAGCCAUCCAGGCGACCAUUAGCCACCAGACAACGAUCACUUCGAUUCCGUCCACAGAAUCGCAAAGGAACAUCAUCUAGUAACACCUCGAUGGGACUGGACUUCGAGCUGGACGAGAAGAACGGAGAUCAGGCAGAUGAAAUUGAAAAGAGUAGCUAUGUCAGUCUCUCCAGGCAGAACUCCAAAGUACACGAUACGAGAAGUGCCAGCAGCUUGGACUUCGGGGAGCACUGUAGUCCCAGUAUUACGAAAUUACCCAAGAACAGCAGGGAAGGUAAGGAGGUCAACCUAAUCAUGAGUGAUGGAGAGCCGGAAGAUUACAGAAGGGGUCAGGGCUCGAAGAGGAGGUUGCCGGACUCGGAAGCCCUUGGUAGCAAGCUGAAGGAGGAACUGUGCAAGUACAAGCAGGAGCUCAAGGACUACAACGAAAGCACCAAGGAUCUCGAGGAGAAGUACAUGAAAAUCAACUACGAGCUGUGCGAAAUGCAGCAGAAGCACGAUCAGUUCGUGUCCAGCAGAAAGCAAGCCCAUCAAGUGGAUCUGGGAAGUGAGCCGGAUCCGGAUGGAUUUUAUAGCUCUGCCAGCAGUGUCACCUCGCAGACGACCAUCAGACGAAAGAGCCCCCAAAUCCUGCGCAGCAAUACCAGUUUCAUGACCGUUCUGUCGGCCCAGAGUUCCUGCGUCGAAAUCGAUAGAAAGAAAUACGCGUCCGAAAGGAGUACACAUCAGCAGAAUCACCAUCGGCACAAGGACGAGCUGCCAUCACAGGUGAACAGCGUUUUUGACAGCCGUAUUGUGGAAACACUGGCAAACCGCCACGUAAAGCGCAGUAAGAGAUCCUUGGAGCAGGACGAUCGGGAAAGGGAGCCAGCCUCCUUCAAGGAUGUCUACAAUGUGCUGAAAGAUGUGAUCAACACCUCACAGGACCAGAAGUACAAGCAUGAACGGGAUCGGGGUAGAGACAGAGACAGGGACAGGGACUCUGGAGACCUAAGCCAGCUCCUUACCACCAUUAGGGGCCUGAAGAGCGAGCAGGUCCAGUUUCGAACGCUCAUUCGGCAGCAGCAGGAGAGAAUAUCGGACUACCACACACGGUGUGUGAAAGCCCAGGACAUCAUGAGCACCCAGAAGCAGGAGAUCGAGAAGCUGCACGUGAAUAACAAGCAGUUGGAGUCGAGCAUCUACCAUGACAUAGACAGUCUGCGAUCCAAGAUAGACAACAAGCUGAAAAGUGUCUCCCAUUUGCCGAAGAUGAUGCGAGACGAGCACUCCAAGUACGAGACGGUAAUGCGGGAAAAUUGUCUGCUGGCGGAUAAACUUCAUGCCCUCCAACAGGAAGCCAUGCAGCUGAAGGUCAAAAUAGAUGAACUUGGCCGCCGAAAGCUGGUCACCAUCAACCGGCUGAAGGCGGCGGAAAGGGAUCUGAAGAUCUUCAAGAACUACAACUCGGCCUUGAAGACGGAGAAGCGGAAACUGACCCAGGAAUUGUCCACCAUGAAGGAUCAGCUGGAGCAGCUCCAGGCGAGCAGCAAGAGGCAACUUUCCCGCCAUCGCGAGCAGAGCGAAAAGCAGCGCAGGGAUCUGCAGAAGAAGAUCUACGACCUCGAACUGAAGCUGAGUAGGAGCCAAAACUCCACGUCCAGUUUGAUCCAGGAACGAGAUAGUCUGAUAGCUGAGCUCCAGACGCAACUCCACACCCUGGUCCACAACUUCGAGGUCUCGCAGAAGCACAUAAGGGUUCUUCGGCGGCACAUCUACUCCAUGACGAAUCCGGGUGGCACGGGCAUCGUUGGCAGUGGGUCGGCUGGCAUUGCUCACUUGACAUCAGGUGGUUCCCAUCGACCCAGUCUGAUCAGGAUCAAUCAGCUGCCCCAGGGAACCAGCAACGGUCGAUUUGCAGCCCCCCGAACGCUGAAGGCCACGAUCUAAACGGGUACUUGGACUGCCUAGUCCUAGGCACUAGAUUGGGCUCAUCAGCUGUCCAGGCAACUUGAAGGUACUGCUCCCAGCACUUGGACUGUGCCAUCAAGUUGCCUGGACAUUAUCGGGCUUUAUCAAGACACCAAUUAUUUCACUCUAAUGAUUAUGUAAACUCAUUUUUAAAAGUACUUUUAAUGAUUCGGUUAAA